AUGUCGACGAGGUACUCUGUCAGUGAAGGCUUCUCUCUGCUCAAGUGUCUAGUCUUCCCGCUUCUCCUUUUGAGCCUCAUCACCACCGUCAAUGCUACAAGUGCAUGUUAUUUUCCCAACGGAGCGAGGAGUCCAGACGAUUCGCCAUGCUACACUGAUGACGAUGGGGUAGCCUCUCACUGCUGCUCAUCAACUUCAAUUUGUCUUACCAACAAACUAUGCUUGUCCAUGGAACAGCCGUACGAGCUUUCACGGGGAAGCUGUACCGAUGCAGAUUGGAACAGCGGCAGUUGCCCAUUGGGCUUGUGUGAGAAGGCCCAGCCAGGCACUGGCGUCGCCAUUAUGUUAUUCAAUGGGACUGGCUCUGCCGCCUCAUAUUGUUGCAACUCUGUUCUUACCAAUGCAACAACUGGCGAGAAUAUGUGCAGCGACGUCGACGGAUCUCCACAAUCCAGCUUCACGAUCACCGAAGGCGAGAUUAUCCCCGGGACCGCGGCUCUAUCAGAUUUAGUGCGGAAAUCAGAUAAAUCAUAUUCGUCUGUUGUCACCAACACGAGCAGGGCGUCUACGGAAUCUGAAUCAACCAAAGAGGAUCAUCCGAAAGAGGUAGCAAUUGGUGCUGGAGUUGGAGUUCCCCUUGGUGUUCUCGCCCUUGCUGCUGUUGGUUGGGCACUGUCAGAACGAAGAAAAAGGAAGCGGGCAUACUUCCAGCCCGAACAGUCAGAUCAUCUAGCCCAUUCCGUUCAGCCUGUUCAGCCAGUGGUAGCCCACGAACGCAGUGUCGAGAUGAGCGCGCUAGACCCAGACGGUUCCAAGCCGCCGGAGAUGGACUCUCACUCGCCCCGUGGCUAG